CUGGCGGACAAGGCGGAGCCGAAACCAGCAACCCCCAACAUCACCGGCUGGUGAUGUCCCGCAACAGAUCGGUAAACCGGCAACCCGUCAACUUGCAGCGCUGCCUGUACACGUAUAUAAGUGAUGCUCGUCAGACUACGAACCAAUUCUCAUAUCAAUCAACUCAUCCAUCAAGUCACUGAAGUUCUGACGUCAACAAAGCCAACCACUCUCGCCACCCCGUUCUCAAUACCAUCCCGCUGCUACCCUCUGCACCAUCCUACAUAGACUCCAAAAUGACAACCGUCUAUAUCUCCUACACCUCUCCCAUCAACGCCUCCGGCGCCUCGCCCGUCCUCCGCCUGCCCCAGAUCUGGGCGGGUCUGCGGCGCAAAGUGCGUUUCGCGCAGGAGUUCGUGCCGGUGAUUGAAUCGUGCGACGUGGUCGAGGAGCACGCGGACGGGACCGUGGUGCGCGAUGUUAGAUUCAAGGACGGUCAGGGGACGAGGCCACAAGCCAGGGAGACGGUGCGGGAGUUCUGGCCGAGUUGGGUCGACUUCGAGCAGGAGGAUGGAACGCAUAUUCGCAAUGUCGUUUCUGAUGGGCCGUCGGGCGAGGAGACUGAUCUGCACAUGACGUAUAUGUUUGAGUUCAGUCUGCCAGAAGUGAAGGCGGGGAGUGAGGAGCAGGAGAAGGAGGUGAAGAGGCUGAAGGGGAUGGCGAAGAUGGCGGUGGAGAAGAGUAUUGACACGAUCAGGGAAAUGGUAAGGGAUGGGCGGAUCAAGGAGUAGAGGUAUUUCAGCCAUCAGCCACAUUAAUUGAAUACUGUAGAAAUCUAGAGAAGCUUGAGAAUGUCUUUCCGUGAGGAAGGAUUCAGCAUACCAGAGCAGCGCUGAUGUUUUGGGAAGUGUGCUCAAGACGUGGGACUAGAGUUAAGCUUCCACGCAUGUCGUUUGCACGCCCCAAUCCAGAUGAUUGUCAAUGACAAUCACAUUCUGAACCCGGCUUCUUGG